AAUGGAGGGAGUAUCCCCACCAUAAGGAAUAUAUAAACAACAUCUAGGAGGCGUGUAAAACAUAGUUUUGGUACUAUUUUUUUUAAAUUCACUCUAGAUAAUAAUAAUUACAAAGAAAACAAUUUGUUAAAUCAAAAAUGGCAAAAAGUGGUAGAGAUUUAGCAUUAUCCAUGUUAAGAACUUUACCUCGAGUAGUACUGUCAAAUCUUCGACCUAACCCUGGUGCAAAAAUGGCUUCAAGAAGAGGUAGAGGUCAACACGGAGGAGAUAAACACGGCGCAGGAAAUAAAGGUUCUGGUCAAAGACAAAAUUAUAUGAGACCUGGAUAUGAAACUGGAAACAACCCGUUUUAUCUUAGAUUUCAAUACGAACCAUAUUAUAAAGGACAUCACUUAAGAAGACAGUAUCCACCACUUUCUUUACAUCAGCUACAAAUGUUUAUAGAUACAAAUAGGAUAGAUAUAAGUAAACCAAUUGAUCUUGCAACUAUAAUAAAUACAGGAUUAUAUAACUUCCAUAUUAAUUGGAAACAUGCUGGAGUUCAUUUAACAGAUGAGGGCGCAGAUUUAUUCAAAGCAAAAGUUAACAUAGAAGUACAAUGGGCAAGUGAACCAGUGAUCGCUGCAAUUGAAAGAAAUGGUGGUGUUAUUACUACAGCCUAUUAUGAUACAAAUUGCUUGUUUGCUUUAAAUGAUACCGAACAAUUUCUUCGUAGAGGUGAUCCAAUACCCCGUAGAUUAUUACCACCUGCAGAUUGCUUAGAAUAUUAUUCAAGUGCUGCAUCAAGAGGAUAUUUGGCAGAUCCUGAAAAAAUUUCUCAAGAACGUUUAAUAUUAUCACAAAAAUAUGGUUAUAUACUUCCAAAAAUUGAAGAUGAUCCUGACUAUGAAAUGCUAACAGAACGUAAAGACCCACGACAGUUAUUUUAUGGCCUUGAACCAGGUUGGGUUAUAAGUCUUGUAGAUAAAACAAUUCUUAAACCAAAGGCAGAAUAUUUGAAAGAAUUUUAUGCUAGUUAAAAUAUUGUAUAUGUUUUUAAUAAAUAUAAAAAAUGUUUAA